AUGCCUCGCGCAAGCACAACACCAGGUGCCCGGCUACGGUGUCGCCGAGCAUGCGACAGCUGUAAGCGACGAAAGCAGAAAUGCAACGGCGAGCAACCCUGCACAAUCUGUGUGCAACGGCACAAGCAAUCAGAAUGCCACUUUUCAGAUCGCCCCGCGCGCCUCCUCAAGCCCGACCCCAAAGAUUCGACCAUGUUACUCAGUGAACGGAUAAUCCCCUCCCCACAGCGAGAAACGGCUAUGGAUCGCCUUUUGAACUCCUUGGAAGAUAAGGGCAUGAAUUUGGAGCAACAAGUCCGAGACGAAAAAGAUGGGACGGCUCCCGUUCCCAAGGUAGCGCGUCUUCUUCGUGACGGCCAGGGCAAGUUCAUGUACAUUGGAGACUCCGCAAGUCUGUCCUUUUUACAAAGUGUUCGCCGAGUGGUAUCGUCAUCUAUCGGUCGCUGCGAAUUCACCGAGGAUAAUUCGCGACACUCGAUGCUGGAAGCCUUUCAGAAUAACCCAACCACUCAGCCGGGCCCUCUCACCGAUCCGCCUAGCAACGAAGAAGCGCACAGACUUGCUCGGCAAUAUGUUCUUGCGACAAGUCCGUUACUAGAUUUGGUCGAUCUUGAAGAGUUUCAUCCCCGGUUAGCCAGUUGGGUAGAAAAUCCAUCAGGAGACGAAGACACCGUCAGCUCCAUUUUCUACCUUGUGCUCGCUAUUGGGGCCCAGGUUUCCGACACCAACCAAACCGAGGCGGAGCGUUACUUUAGCAGUGGCCGCCAACUAGCCUUUUCCGCAUUCCAAGAGACGCCCAGCAUCCAUACUAUUCAGUCCUAUAUCCUGGUUUCGAUGUACAUGCUAGGUGCAUGCAGACGCAAUGGCGCAUUUAUGAACCUGGGAAUCGCCUUACGGGCCGCUUAUGCGGUUGGAAUUCACCGAAAAGAUGCAAAUGCGCUCUUUUGUGGCCGCGAGCGACGAGCCAGAGAACGAGUCUGGAAGAGCCUCCGUAUGAUGGAUUUGUUCCUCAGCGCUUCGUUGGGCCGCCCUCCUGCAACAUCGGAUUAUGAUUACGAUAUACGCGAAGAUGCUCUUGCUUCCGGAGAGCCACAAGGAAAUCUGACUCCAGAUAAGCAACUUUCAUUAGCGGUUACCUCCUUAUGUCGAAUUUUCGAACGAAUCCUUACGGAUGUUUACAUGAAACAAGUUAUCUCGAUCAAUGUUGCGGAAUCCAUCUCGAACCAGCACCGUGCUUGGGUCCGAACGCUGCCAGCGUUUCUGAAGGAUCAAACAGAACGUCUUGAUAAUAAAACGAUGCAGGACAGUUUAGCAGCAGCUCACGUAUUUGGUUCAUAUUAUUGGUCGAUCAUCCUCCUCACACGACCAUUUCUCGUUUAUCGCGUGGCUCAGUAUGUGAAAAACAAAGCCGAUCCAUCUGCAUCGGAUGGAAGGACCGGCAGUUCUCGCAUUGCUCUGUUUGCAGAUGCAUGCGUUUAUUCUGCACUUCGAGGCUUGGAUGUGGUGGAUGACUUGGGCCGGUUCGCAUCGGUAUCGCUACCACGCCGUCUGCCAUUUUUAAUAAACUCCGUCUUCAAUUCGGCCGUUGUUCUUGGUGCAGCAUUCUUUGCGGACUAUGAUAAUCUCCUGCCCCUUGAAGAGGGCAUGAUCAAAGCCGAGCGCUUUCUUGGCCUAUUUGUUCCUCAUGAUCCACAUGCAUGUCGUUUCAGCCAUAUUAUAAAGUACCUUCGCGGUGCCGUGGGCGAGUACAUCCAGCGACGCAACCGUCAAUGGAUGGACCAUCGAAGCAGGCAAGUUGACCAGCUAUUUGGUCAGGUCGGCGGUGCCAACAAUUCUCCAUCUCUCACAUCGGGCUCGGCCCAUGAUGUUCCCCUGAAUCACCCCGAGAAUCAGCAGUCUCCUGCUGUACCUUCUCCAAUUUCACCUGGCAAACUUGCUGGUAGAACACCCUCGUCUUUUAUCAACCCACAACCACCAUCCGGGACCACUCCCCAGCUCGGAGGCGAUGUUUGGGAUUCUCUUUAUAACGGAGCAGAUGGAGCAACUGCGCUAUCCUAUGAUGCCGCUAUAUCUGCUCUAACCACCUCGGGUAUUCCGGUCGGUUGCUCUCCGGGUGGUACCAUUCCAACUGGACAACCCCCGGCCUCUGGUGGCCCUUCCCCAUUAUCUGACGUGAUGUUUCCUGAGAAUGGUUUGUUAUACAUGGCCGAAGACCUCCCAGUUUUUGGUCUCUGGGAAGAGCCUUGA